AUGGAGUGGAGUUCUCUGCAGCAAGCGCGUUCUCAAAACGAGGAUGCAACGGAGCUGGGUAAAGAAGCAGUGUCAGAGAUAGCAAGAUCCUACGUUGAGAGCCUGACUCAUGGCCUUGUGAGGUCUUCCAUCCAAGCACAGGGCGAAACGGCUGCAGCGCAUGAGGAAGCAGAGUACAGCUUGACGGACCGGAAUCAUCUCCAGAACUUCUUGGUGGAGGCCAACAUCCGACCGGUGCGUUUGGAAUAUCUCUUCAAGCUUGCGGAUUGUGGUCGUAUCUGGCCACGGCGCCAGGAGGCAGAGGGCGAAGAGUUCGAGGAUGAAGAUGGCACGAUGCGCACGGCAUUGGUGACGAUGGAGGAACUGCAGGAUCCCAAAAUAGCCCGUUUUGAGGUUAACCCGGCGAUAUUAUCUGUGUCGCAUGUGUGGGAGUCUCAGCAGCAUCCCGACCCAUGGGGAUGGCAGCUGCGAAGUCUCUUGGGGUUUGUUGAAAGCAAUUUUGGGUCUCGUGAAAAGCUCAAGUUCUUUGCAGAACACGUUCGUGUUCACUACUGGGUAUUCAUUGAUUUCGUGUGCCUGCAUCAGUACAAGCGCAGCGAAGAGGAACAGCAGUUCUUCGGGAGAGCAAUGAGGUCCAUGCAUUUGCUGUAUGCCCAUCGGCACAUCGGUCACGUGAUUCGCUUGGAGGAGCUGACCCCGGAGAGCGAGAAGUCACUCGAGGGUUCUAUAGACAUGUACUGUGAGGCGACUGGAAAGUUUGAAGCAAGGCCUCUAAGCGACUUGGUCCUGAACAGCACGCCUUACUCCGAAAGGGGGUGGUGUGUUGCUGAAGUUCAGUGGAUGAGCACGAAAGACGAGGUGUUUGGCUGCUCUCCCAUGCCGCCAGCAGUUUUUCAGGAGCGGGUGGCGCGUGGCGAGCAGGGACUUGCAAAUGGGUUGCGCCUGAAAUUUACACACCGCUCUGAUGCAAAGUUGGUAAGUCGCCUGCAGGAGGAUGUCUUCCUACAGCAUGCCAGGCAACGCAAAAGACUUGAUGCAAUGUCCUUGCCCCAGUGCGAGGUGUCGAUUUUGGCGGCUGCACUGCCACAUUUCGUGAACCUGGAACUGCUUACCAUUUCAUCCGAUGAAGAAGACUUCGGGCAUAGCAUUCUGGAGUUAGCACAUGGCCUUGAACGUCUUUGUCCCCAGAAGUUGCGGGUCUUGCAGGUGAUGGGGGAUGGGAUUACGGAUGCCGAUGCUGCAGCUCUUGCCACGGCAGCCAUCAGCUGCAAGGAGUUGUCCAAACUUGGCAUACAAAGUGACAUCAUCGGAGAUGCCGGGGCCGAAGCUUUGGCUGCAGCAGUUCUGGACUGCGAAAAGUUGACCGAAUUCGCUCUCGACGGGUGUUACAGGAUCGCGGACACCGGCGUAGCAGCUCUGGCAGCAGCGAGCUUCGCAGCCCCACGUGUAAAGUUCGCAAUGGGGGGACAUGUUUCGCAGCUAGCGAAUAGGCUACAUCACAAGUGGGGCAAUCGUACUUGCGGCGUGAACUGGGAUUGUCCCCCUGGUUUUGCUAGGUUUGUUUAA